CGAUUUGUUUUCAUAGUAGUAUCGUUCUUUGUACAGGGCGGAAGUGUUGUCAAAAUGUACCGCGCGCGGGAAAGAUUGGAAAACAAAUACAAUACAGUUCUUCACUCUGAGGCAACAAGCUACUUACAUACCAAUCAGUCUAUACCAGCUAUACCUAUAGCAGAAUCAGAAAAUACUAUGACUAAUAACUAAAACAUCCACGAUAGUCACGUAGUCAGUGUAACGACACAAAGGGGGAUAGAGCCCUUUCCCAAGUAAUGUAUGAUGAGUUGGAAGAGCAAAAAACAAGUGCUCGCACUCCUUUCAUAGUUGGCAAUCUCUUUCCCUGGGUCUCUCAAGAUGAGAGACCCUGGGAACGAGGUUGCAUAGUUGGUAGAAGAAAAUAAGCUCCCAUUUUCUUGUUAGUGAAUUGCCUGAAGUGCUAAUCAUUCAAUUUCUGAAAAAUGAAGAAAAAAUUCUGACUUAACACUCAGGGGGCGUUGUAAUUGUCCUCCAAUCUUCCUCUUGACAACCUUCAGCUAACUGUUGUAAGCUAGCCUGCGUAGCUUGGCGGUUUUUAAGCAAUUUGAGUGCGCUAAGAAAGGGAGCCUGGGAGAGAGACAACUAAGACACUCGUUUGCUCGUUUUCGCGGCUUCGCCGCUUUGUGCGCUCGCGCCCAAAUUGCUUAAAAAAUUGCUCAAACCGCCAAGCUUCGUACGCUAGUUGGAAGCUGAAAAACAAUCGCUCAGAAAAAUAGUUAUACUUGCGAAAAUAAUUUUUGGUAGAUAAUGGGACCUUUCCUCAUACCAUCUCCUUCUUGAAAUUAUUAACAUAAAAUACGGUUUCUUUAUGGGAAGAAAACGGUAUUGUAAACGUAUACAGUACAAAAACUUCUGCGGCGGCUAACAACGGCGCGAUGCAGGUAAAGACCGAGGAAGACUGAGAACGAAUAUUCUGUGGUUUGGUGCCACGGGAGGGACUGGGUAACAAAUGAUGUAAACAUGGCGGCCAAAGGCAUUCUAGAACGUGGAAUCACUGCAAUCUGGCAGAAACUUUUGACGGUUGUCAACAAUGCCUUGGUCUAUCUUGACAGUAGAACGGCUGAAUGGAUGCAUUGGUGUGGUAGUCUUCAAGAUUUGAUUGAUGCAGGAGCUCUUAAUGUCUACGACAUUGCGUCCCAAAGAGGAGGAAACGAAUCAGAAACAAAGGCUGUCUUUAUUGUUGGCACACUCCUUCAAAGUGAAACUCUGGACUUAAUUCGCACCAUUGUAGAAUCAAGUGAUUUUCAACACUGUACAGUUCUCUGUACUGUGCCAGAAUCUGUCCACAGUUUUGCAAGACACUCAGACAUAGGAGAAGUUUCACCAUUUGGGGAAAUAUCACAGAAACUUAGAGAGUGGAUGGGAAACAUGUAUGCGACUGUGGAUGUUCAUUACCUGCCUUUGUUCCCUGCUGUGGUUUGUCCAGGACUUUUCAUCACUCCAGUUUUUUCAACACUCUUUCCUCUUCUACCAUCAGAUGUUCCUAGGUUGCAAAAAUUCCUCAGGAGUAUGGGUGACAAAAGAAUAUUCAACUUCCUUGACGAUUUUGAGAUGUCUUCACUUCCUCAUAAUUUACAACUUAAAAUCAAGAUGUUUGCAUUUGGUAUGAACAGUUUAUUUGAACUGUUGGAAGUCAGUGAGGAUUGUUAUGGCAUCGGUUACCUCAGCAAAGUUAUCGCUACAGAGUUAGCAAACUUACCAGCAGCAAGAACAAGAAGAAAGAGCUCUAGCAGUCGAGGAUCUCUGAUUCUGAUUGACAGAACACUUGACCUGGUUGGGCCCUCGGGACACACAUUUGACACACUUGCUGACAGGAUCAUUCAGCUCUUACCAAGGUUACCACAACAUACCAAUGAUGUGGCUAUAGACAUGUCUCCACUCUGCUCUCAUGGCAGUUCAACUCCACACACUGUAGCUCCUGGCUGCCUGGCACAUCCUAGAGACCCUCCUACACAGGCUCUCCUCUGCUCUCUGAUUACUAAAAGACAAAAGGAAAGUCUGGUGGACCUCUCAAGGCAGCUGCAAGAAGCUUUGGCAAAGGAAUCACUUGUACAAAAGAGCAAAUCUGUGCACAGUAAAAUUACAACAGAACAGCUCAAAACUAUGACAGAACAUUUCAGGGGUCAACCAAAGUCUCUUCAAAGACACGGUGCACUGCUACAGUUGGUCAGAGCAGCAAUAACAGCGUUAAAAAAUGAACAGACAUCACAGGUGGAGCACUUACAGGCUGUAGAGAAAGGUUUAAUUCUUCACAUUGGAGAGCAUGGUGUACAGAGUGUUUUAUCAGAGCUGAUAACAGCCCUACAGUCUGAUAAAGAACAGAGAUUUGCGACUGUAGAGGAUAUUCUCCAAAUCCUGGUAUUCCUUUACUCAUUGACGGGUGGACAAGAAUGUUAUGAUUCACCUAUGGAAGAGGAGCAGAUCAAAAACAUCUUGGUGAACAGCAUACUCAGCGGAGAACUCAAAUACAGCAGUGACACAUUUAUAGGAUCGGAGCUUUCGGAGAAGACUGUAAGAACCAGAAUUUCUGAAGCGUUUGAGAAAGUGCGCGGAGUUAGCUUGGCAAGAGAGGAACUUCAAAUGUUCAGACAUGUAUUUCAGACGGGGACUGCAUUAAAACCAGCUCAGUAUCAACCACUCGUCAAACAGAUCAUAGAUGGCAUAUUUAGCCCUGAAUCACCUGAGCUUCCAGACAUUGAGUUCAAGUCACACGGACUGAAGGAUUUCAUCAAAACGGGAUUUAGUUUAUUUAUGAAUGUGAGCAAGCCUCGUCCUAACGACCAUCCAUUAUUGGUGCUUUACAUUGUUGGAGGAAUCACGUGUUCUGAGGUCCACCAAAUAAGGGAAGCGCUUGCUGCAUACCAUCCUAACACACAGCUCUUGAUUGGUAGUACACGGCUUCUGAAAUGUGAUGAUUUGUUUGAAGAAGUUUUCCUUCAGGACAAUUUGUUCCCAGCCCUUCAUUGAUGAUCUUCAAAGCAAACUUUACAGAGAAGAGGCCACAGAGUUCUGUCACCUCCAUGACAUUUCAGGAAGUUUACUGCGAGGUUUUGUGCAAGUUAGUAGAAGUACAAUUGGCGUCACGCAUCGUGUAUCCAAUGACAAGUUGUCCAAGCAAGUGGUGAACCGAUCGAGCAGAGGACAGACUGAUAACUAAUAGACCAUGAUUAAAGAGAAAGCGAGAGUAAACCGUCGAUAUCAAGAGGAGAAAUGCUCCCAGAUUUUUAAGAAAUGUUUUGAUAAAAGUGGUUGACUGAAUAAUAUAAUUAUAGUAUUGUUACAAACGACGUAUAUUAUUUAAAAGUAGAAACAAGAAUAAGUUUGUGCAUGGACAUCGACUUUGUAACCGUAGCGACUCACAGUUGCCAAUUUUGAAACGUAGUUUUUGACUAAAACAAAAAGAGUAAGGAAUUUUCUUUACUUUAUUAUUGCUCUUUUGAACUUAAAGAAAAUUGGUAGAAUAUAAAGCGUUCGAGGGCCUUAUUUAUAGUUUUAAAAUGAAAUAAAUGAAAUAAACCUUG